UACUGAAAUUCAUGUUUGAAUUGAAAUUGGAAAUAAGAAUGUUUAGCCGUAGCAUUCUGUAUUUCGGAGAUGAUUAAUUAACUGCAGUCUGCACCUUAAUAACAAGUAUAAACGUUGUUUUGGUGCGUAACCAGGUAUUUUCCGAUUGAAACUCAAAAUUCAAUUUUUCGCUAAUUAUGCCGGAGAUUGGAAACAGGAUGGCGACGCCAGUGCUCCAUUGCUGCAUUAUAUUUCUGCUCUUGCCUUUGGCUCUCAUCGUUGUAAAAAUCCAAUCUUUUUCCCCUUAUGAUUUGGGGUUUCCAAGUGUUAGUCCCAGAUUUCUCUCAAGUCUAUCUGGAGUCACUGAUGUGUCUUAGUUGUUGAUAAAACUAAAAUCAAAAUUAUGCAAGAUCAAUGUUCCAAUCCCAGCAAAAAAGCUUAGGUAAUUUCUUUCUAUUUUAAGUCUUAAUAGACAGACUACUUUAUAUUAUAUGGGGACAAUGCUAGUUUGUGUCUGUGUGUGCAUUUUAUAAAAAAUUGUCCUUAAAUUAUCUACAUUGUUCGAGCUCGAGGCAGUGGUGCACGUGCACCCACUGCUAUAUGGUGGUUCCGAUACCAAGAUGCUUGUAUGCUAAUUUCAAAUAUGGUGGGGCAGUUUAUGCAUUUUCAAUUUGUAUUGGUAGUUUUGUUUUCUUCUCAGGAAACUGUGAGAUAGCUAUGAGAUGUUAGAGGCUGAUCUAGUAUAUGAAAGUAGCACCACUUAAUAUAUAAUGUGUUUUAUAAAAAUUGUCUUUGGAUUAUCUAUAUUAUUGGAGCUCGAGGUAGUGGUGCACGUGCACCUACUGCUUAUAUACUGGUUCCACAACCGAGACGUUUGUAUGUUCAUUUCAAAUUUCGUGUAGCAGUUUAUGCAUUUUCAAUUUAUUACUUCAAACACUUUAGUUACUUGGCCAUGUAUCUUCCUUUGUGAAACAAAUGUGGAAACAGCCAACCAUCUAUUGUUACAUUGUGAAUGUGAAUGGUCUGAUGAGAUGUCAAUGUCUAGUCUUCUCGUUGAAUUCGAUAUUGAUUAGUGUUGGAUGAGAUGGUUAUAUGAAUUACAAUCAAAAUUUGCUAGAUUGAUAUCAUUCGUUUAUGGAGUUUGUUUCAAUAAUUAUCACGCUUUCCUUUAUCAUUGACACAGAGUUUCAUUUUAUGGCUUUGCCCUGCGCAUGCUGGCUUUGGAUGCCUAAUUCUUUUCCUGCCGGGUUAUCUUUUGCUUUGAAAAUUGAAACAGAAUAAUUUAUUGUAAAGCUGAAAGCAAUUAUUGAGGAAAAUUUUCUCGAUCUGUUGGUUUUCUUGACAGUAGACUGUAGGACGUUGAAGGCGGAUCUAUUAUACAAAGGAUAGUGGGUGCUAAACAUUUUCUUUAAAUCAUUACACACAUAUAUGUUGUUUGAACCUAAGGCAGUGCUGCGUGCACACAUUCCUUAUAUUGUGGCUCUACUUCUGAGACAUUAAUAUAUUAAUUUCAAUUGUGGUAUGGUAAUUUAUGCAUUUUCAACUUGUUACUUUAACACAUUUGUUGCUUGGUCGUGUAUAUUUAAUGUUUAGAUUUUAGAUUAGCAGCAUGUAUAAUAAUGAGAUGUCAAUGUCUCGUCUUCUAGUUGAAUCUAAUAUUGGUUACAGUUCAAUGAUAGGUUAUUUGAAUUGUAACCAAAUUUGCUAGAAUGAUAUAAUUCUUUUUAUGAAACUUCGUUUCAAUAAUUGCACUUAUUGUUAAUGUAGACACACCGUUUCCUUUUUUGGAAAUAUAAGGGUGAAUUUUUCCCUUGGUCCAUAGUAAGACUGGUAGCAACAUUUCUGCUUUGCUGAAAUGUAAGCCUAAUGAACAGCACAUUCUUGGUAAUUGUUUUUCUAGUUAUUCAAAUUUGCAAGGAUUUGAACUAACAAUACUUGUCUACAUUCGAGUGUUUCUUUACUAUGAAAUCCCAUUUGUGAAGAGGGGCUUGGAGAUGCUGAAGAUUAAACAGCAUAUCAACUUGGGACAAAGGAAUUUUACUUCUAAAGCAAUGCUGACAUGUCGGCCAUUGGUGAUCUUGAAGAUAAGAUUCAUGCAAAAGAAACGUUAAAGCAGCGAAUCAGACAAAAAGAACAGUGUACCACCACCGACAACAUCAAUAUAUAUAGUUUAGUUCGGAUUCCUCGAUGCUGCACUUCUUUGUGGCUUUUGCAUUGAAGUUUGAAUCCACAGACAUCUUCGCUCUUAAAGGACGUGAGGAGUCUCAUUGUAAGGCUUUCCUGAAGCCUCGACAGAUCUUGGCAAUUUUGGGAAGUAGCAAGCAACAAAUAUUAUCUCGACAAUGCAUAAAUUUUUUACGAGUCCAACAAAAACGGCCUGCAUCGUUCUGGCUAUCCUAGUUCUUUUCCUAUACACUUUAAGCCCCGCUGAUGACACGUCAAUGGUCUUCAUGGGCUGCGUUUUUGUGCAUGUAAUCAUGAUAAUAGCAUUUGCUAUGAUAUAUGAAAUUUGUUCAACACGCCAAGCUCGAGGCAGAACAGGUAGCACAUCCGUUAACCACUUGAUUGGUUGCGAUACACUCCAUCAGUAUGUGCCUUCAUCAGAAGCUUUUCCGACCAGAAGAAGAUUGCAAGAGCUGAGGCUCCAAGUUGCUCUUCUAGACCGUGAACUUGUUGAGUUUGAAAACUUAACCUUAAGUGAGUUGCCUUCUGCUAGUGUUUUUGGAAUUCCUUCCAUGAAUGAAGAAGAGAUAAAUGCCUUACCUGUUCACAAUUACAAAGGCAUUGGUCUAGAGAGUGAGGAUGCACCACUGGAACAAGGUUCAUUUUCUGCAGCCUCAGCUAAGGGAUAUUGGAGGAUAGGUAUAACAGAGGAGGAUCCCUCAUGUGACGAAUCGACAUGUAAUAUUUGUUUCGAGCAAGUUAUAAAGGGAGACCUUGUUCGUAGCUUGCCAUGUUUACAUCAGUUUCAUAGCAGAUGCAUUAACCCGUGGCUCGCAGUGAAUGCUUCAUGUCCAAUCUGUAAAAUUAUGCUGGGGUCAGGAGCGCAACAAAGCAUCGAGAUUCAAGAGUGAGAUUAGUGAUGAUGAAAUGGUCUGAGCACUAGAAAAACUUUAAGAUAUGUUUGAAUUCUAUUUCCAGUCUGCUUUUGAGAAUAAAAGAAUUCUUACAAGAAUUCUCACUGCAGUUUUAAUAACUUGUUGCAGCAGUAUGUAAAUAAUAGAUAGAAGACUCUACUAUGUGUUGCACUUUUCUCUUCGUUUCUAAGUUCUGUGACCCUGAGGGUUCUGUUACUGUGAAAUGCAUGUUAAAACUUGUCUUA